UAACUACCGCAACCUCAUAUGAUCAUCACAUUACCCUCCCAGUCCGCUUGAUGUGCUUCCCAUUGCUUGACACAGUAUUAGUCAGGCGGAGCUUGACAAAGUUUGACAAUCCGCACAUCUAUCAAACUGUGUGGGUUUGCAUGGACGCUAAGUGUAUUCGGAUUUUUACCAAAUAUGAGGGAUUGGUGUGAACUGUUCUUUUAAGGGUUACAGAAACAUCAUCAUGUCAUCUUCAGCAUCAUCUUCAUAGUUUGGUUGUGAGGAAGAGCUGUCAUUACACAAUGGAGGACUUUCAGACACCCAAAACAACCAACCAAAGAAACAACAACAUCAGGGAAGAGGCAUCAUUACAACAUGAAGAUCUCUCAACCACUGAGAAAAAUUCCCAGUUUAAUUUUCUCAAAACACUUCCUGGAAGAGCUGAAGACAUUUCAGGAGAGGACAGCCCGCCAUUACACAUCAAACUACUCUCGUGUAACAAUGACCUGUUGUAUGCCUACAACAACAGCCCCAAGGAAAACUCUGGGAAGUUAAGAGGAACGUUCCGCACUUCCCCGAAACCAGCAUUACGUUUUCCUGUGGAGAUGGAUCCCCUAAGUCAGCACGAUGAAUUUACAGCAGACCACGACAGUAAAACCAAGGUCAUGUCUUUUAGAGUAAAGCGAAGACUUCCUGGAUCAUCCAAACUCUCGUCUGGUAGCCAGGGUUCAGAUGAAGAGGACGCAAUAGAUGAGCCGAUGGAAAUGCAACAUUUGCAAAGCACUGAGGAGUGCAGAUUUGAGGUCCUACCGGUGGAGAUUGCUGCCUAUCCGACAGAUGAAAACCUCGUAGAUACACACGAGGAUGAUGACCUGAUGGAUUGGUGGAAGACUGUUGAGGGUUGGAGUAUAUGGAAUGAAUCAACACAUUUUCAAAAAGAUGAGCUGGCUGUCGAGGCUGUGGCAGACCGUGUGUUCAUGGCGGCUCGUCUUUUCGUAAGUCUGUUCAACCAGCGUGGAGCCUCCCUGCAACGGCGAGUCGUGGACUUGCUCGCGGUGGCGGACACGGCCGACAGCUUCCAUAAGAAGACUGUGAGCGCGGCCAUCGGUGGAGGGGUGGCUAGCGUGGCGGGGGGUAUAGCUACUAUCACCGGCCUCAUCCUGGCGCCAUUCACUUUCGGUACGUCCACCAUCGUUACCGCGGUGGGGAUCAGCGUGGCAACAGCCGGGAGCAUCACCUCAGCCACGGCUAACAUCACCGAUGCGGUUCAAUCCAAGAUGGACCGCAAGAAGGUGGAGAAGAUGAUUCAGGACUACCAGAACGAGAUCAGCGACAUCAGGGAUUGCCUGGAAUUCAUGCAGGAAGGAAUGAAUGCUCUACAGGAGUGGAACUUUAAGGAGUACUCUGAGAGUCUGGUCAACACGAGCCUCAACCGCAACAUAAAGUACGUCAUGAAGGAAGGUGGCCGAGCGGGUAAAGCGCUCUUGGUGAACACCGAAAAGCUUAUAAGCACUGUGAACAUUUUGGGCGUCACUGGAGGCGCUGCCAGAGCUGCCAAGGCCGUCAGCGUCACCACGGGGGUCAUGUCGGGUCUCUUCCUGGCUCUGGACGUUUUCUUUCUCGCCAAAGACACCAACGAGCUGCGCAAAGGCGCCAAGACCAAAUUUGCUUCCAAGAUCCGAGAAGUAUGCCGAGAACUUCAGCGCGGCCUGCUAGAGCUAAACAAAGUGAAGGCUCAGCUACAAAAGACCAUGGAUGGGAUCGAAGUGGAAGAAUAUGAACAGCAGGGCGAGGGGGAGGAGGAGGAUGAAGAUCAAUACGAGUCGGAUCCCAAGAAACUGGCUCUGCUGGAGCAAGAACUUGAUCAGUUGGAGGAGAAACUCGACCUGAAGACUUCGCAUGAGCAAACCAACCAAAGCAAGAAACCCUAAAAGAAAGAAAUUAGUAAAUAGAAGGAAACAGAAAGAAAUUAUGUAGAUGUGACUACAUUAAACGAUUUACUCAGCACCAUGUCAUCCAAAAUGUUGAUGUCUUUCUUUGUUCAGUCGAGAAGAAAUUAUGUUUUUUGAGGAAAACAUUCCACGAUUUUUUUUUUUUCAUUUUAAUGGACUUUAAUGGAACCCAACUCUUAACACUUAACUCAACACUUAACAGUUUUUUUCAAUCCACACUAUUCCUACGCCCCAUGACGCUUUGCGCGAAUUAUGGGUGCGACUUCCGGCGCGUACUGUCACUGAACCAGAGCCGGCGAUUUCCAUGAAGAUUACAGUCAUAAUUUCACGUAUGAACCAGUGUAAGGAUAAAAUUAAAAAGUGUUCUGACACAUCAAGAUAUAUUCAAUCGUUUCAUGUUGUUCCUCGGGGGUGAUGAGUCUUCAAUGUGCAAAUAUAAAAGCACAGAGACAUACCAGUAUCUCUACAAUGGGACAGUCAGUCGAGUGUUUAAUACAUGGAAUAUACAGAGACUUCUUGUUUUUAACCUUUUCAGGUGAUGUUUUAAAAUGUCACAACUGUCCCUGGUGUGAGGUUUUUUUAAACGGCAAUUUUUUAUCGACUUAUCGAGUUUUUAUGGCUACACAUCAAGCUUCACGCGAUCCGACAGCAGCAGUAACUUAUGCUUCUCAUUCAACACGAUGUAAGUUAUUUAAACAAACCAUAAUAAACAUAUUAAACUCCUA